GCAUCGGGCAAACCGGAGCUGGAUCUAGUGCUUUGCGGGCGGGAGUGGGGGAGGUUACGGUGGCCUGGUUGGUCCAUGCAGCGCUUGCGUAUUGUGGUGUUUGUGUAUUCUGGCUGCGCGACGACGGCGGCGGCGGCGGCGGCGGCUCCGGGGGAGGGGGGGGAAGAUGGCGGCGUCCUCGUUGGAGCAGAAACUGUCCCGCUUGGAGGCCAAGCUGAAGCAGGAGAACAGGGAGGCCCGGAGGCGCAUCGACCUCAACCUGGAGAUCAGUCCGGCCCGGGCUCGGCCUAUUAUUGUGAUCACUCUAAGCCCUGCUCCCGCUCCAUCCCAACGUGCAGCAUUGCAACUUCCUCUAGCUAACGAUGGCAGCAGCCGCUCCUCCUCUUUGGAGAACUCACCCCAGCAUCACACUCAUCCAUCACGCCCCCGAAACAUGCUGGGCCUGCCUCAGCCACCCUUUCUCAUGCACAGGAGCAUGGAGAGCAUAGAGAUUGAUCAGAAGCUGCAGGAAAUUAUGAAGCAAACGGGUUACUUGACCAUAGGAGGGCAGAGAUACCAGGCAGAAAUCAAUGACUUAGAAAAUCUGGGUGAGAUUGGAAGUGGGACAUGUGGACAAGUGUGGAAAAUGCGUUUCAAGAAGACAGGGCACAUUAUAGCUGUCAAGCAAAUGCGUCGCUCUGGUAACAAAGAGGAGAACAAGAGAAUCCUGAUGGAUCUGGAUGUGGUGCUGAAGAGUCAUGACUGUCCUUACAUUGUCCAGUGCUUUGGGACUUUCAUCACAAAUACUGAUGUUUUUAUAGCCAUGGAACUAAUGGGCACAUGUGCAGAGAAGCUGAAAAAACGCAUACAAGGACCUAUCCCGGAGAGGAUUUUGGGGAAAAUGACUGUGGCGAUUGUCAAGGCACUCUACUAUCUGAAAGAGAAGCAUGGUGUCAUCCACAGAGAUGUGAAACCAUCCAAUAUCUUGUUGGACGAGAGGGGGCAAAUAAAACUCUGUGACUUCGGGAUCAGUGGGAGGCUAGUGGACUCAAAAGCCAAAACCCGGAGUGCUGGUUGUGCAGCAUAUAUGGCGCCUGAGAGAAUAGACCCCCCAGAUCCAUCAAAACCAGAUUAUGAUAUCCGUGCAGAUGUAUGGAGCCUGGGCAUCUCUCUGGUUGAGCUGGCUACUGGCCAGUUUCCAUACAAGAACUGUAAAACAGACUUUGAGGUCCUCACUAAGGUAUUGCAGGAAGAUCCCCCACUUCUCCCAAACAACAUGGGGUUUUCUGUGGACUUCCAGUCCUUUGUGAAAGACUGCCUUACUAAAGAUCACAGGAAGAGACCAAAGUACAACAAGCUACUUGAACACAACUUCAUUAAGCGUUAUGAGACACUGGAAGUGGACGUGGCCUCCUGGUUCCAAGAUGUCAUGGCGAAGACGGAAUCGCCCCGCACGAGCAGCAUCCUCAGCCAGCACCACCUGCCCUUCUUCACCAGGUAGCCCUGCAGUGCGGCCGUCGUGCCCUGGAAAGGGCCCCUGGGUAGCCAGAGCUCACCAGGGGAGCAGGAGAGAGCCCCCCAACAGGCAACGAUCUUCACCCGAGCAACUCGUCAGUGGCAUGGACUGUUCACUUCACUUGCUCCAUCACCCUUGCCCACUUGGUCUCCCUCAGUAUGGCCAGGCAGGGAUGGCUGAGUCUGUCUGGAGCGUGGGCACCGUUCCUCUCCUCUUCUUGAACCUCUGCAUCUUGCGCACCAGGCUCUGGGCAAGGCGGCUUUCCCCAGCCUGUGCUGCUGUCGUUCAGUGGUUGAAUGCCUGCCAUUAGGAGUUGCCGCCCUGCAACGGUGUGCUUGUCUCUCUCCUCCACGGAGGCUCAUGGACAUGCACCAGGGACCCUUGCCCAUGCACUGUGAACAGACACACACCACACAAAAGGAAAAGAGAAGAUAUUUUUUUUACCACUUAUUUAUUAAGCGUGGACUUCUGGCGCUGCGGGCUGUCUGCUGCACCCCCUUUGCCAACCUCUCUGCAUUAUGAUGUGUCCACCUUUUGGUUUUGUGUUUCUGGGCUUGUAUUUGCUGAGGGGGAAAUGGGUUUGGGAGUAGAGGAGUCAGCUGCUGCGUUAGCUUCUGAGCUUAGCUACUGCUGUUGUCUUGAUUUCAUUUUUUCAUAGGGCUGAGGGGGGGACAGGAAAGGAAAAGUUGAAGAUUAUUCUUGCCCGAGAGUAAUUCAUUUUAAGUGGAUUUCCCCCCUCUUCAAUUCUUUUUGAUCUCAGGGGUUCCUAUUCUUUUGUUUUGAGCGUGAACAAAGUUUUGUCGGUGGUGUUUUUAUUUACCAAAGUGUGUGUUUGGUGCUAGGAUAAAUGCUUGUUCAUUUUCUUCCAGUAUUUUAAGAAAAGGAAAAGCAAAACUUAAAGAUAAUCCUGGCAUCAAGAGAGCCAUUUAAAAAAGAAAAGAAAAAACUCAGCCCAAAGUAUUCCUUACUGCUGUGGCUGAGGGAUUAUUUAAAACAAGACAAACAAUGUAGAUGGCAACACAUUUGUGCCCUUGGGCCUAUCCUGGACUGGCUGGGCCAGAUUCUUAACUGGUAACAAUUGUUUUUCAAAUUAAGGAAUAGUCAAGGAGUUGGUUCUGUAGUGACUAUGGGCUAGGAUCUGCACUGUCUAGAUUCUCAGCAGUGGAAUCCUGAAUUGAUCCUAAAGGCUCAGCGGAGGCGGAGGAAGGAUGAAUAACAUCCUCCAUCCUACUCUGUUUCAGGAUAGGGCUUCUUUUAUGCUAGUGUUUUUCACAGAUAGAAGAUGGGAGGGACAGGAUCCAGUCACCUUGAGUUCAAAGAUGCCUCUCAGACUGACACACAUUCCCAUAUUGAUGGGGGCAUGCUGAAGGAGUUGAGGUGUCUGGAUCACUGAUACUGCAGUGUAAUCCUUUAGGGCAACCAUUGCCACCAGAAGCAGCUUUGGGAAUGAGUUGUGGCCAGAGAUUUUGGGGAAUGAAUCCUGGUUGAAUCUCCCCAUAAUUAUUCAAGUAGUCCAGAGGCAAACAAACAACCUGAAGAUCUGGGUGUUAACCUGAAGGUGAGACUUAUUCCUGCUUUCUCCUGCUAGCAAAUGGGAUUUGUGUUCUAUGCUUUUAUUCUAAUCCUCUCAAUAGUUGAAGUAAAGUUGUAACUCAUGGCACAGGCAGGAAAAGACACCAUAUAGCAGUGUUUCACUGUGGUGCACUGGGCAUUUUGGUUUUAAGUUGAGGAGGGCCAUAUAAGGAUUCCAGAAGUAUAGAUCAGCUUUAUAGUUGGAACCAAAAGAAAUACAGUAUGCAACAGUUUGCAAAAAUGUGAACCCAAGGUUAUGCAGUGUUUGAGAUGUCCUGAAAAUGAGAUGCAGUGGUGGUCAUUUAUGAUGAGGAGCUGUUUUGUUGGUAGGAAUGAAGGAGCCAAAAAUGAGAGUGUAUUCAGCGACAGAACUAGUGGAGGAAGGCGCAGUCUUAGCAUCACCUAUGCUCAGGCAUCUACUGUCAGUUGGAAACUCCUACAGAGAGCUUGGGUAUGACAGGCGAUGUGCCAGAAAAUCAGGCCAACGAUCAUGGUGAGACUUUGAGGCAUAGGAAGAUGAAUUUGGGAGGGGUAUGUUCAAGAAGAAAAUGGGUAGCUUGUGUUUGCUCUACAACCAUGAUUUUCAUUGACCGACCACUGCCAGGCAGGGUAAAAAGGAUGAAAGAUGCCAAAGUCCUAAAAGCUUAGGGAACAGAGAUCUCUUUUUAUGAGUGAAGCAGAGGUUGUGGCAGCCCAAGACCUCCCUGCCCCAGAGCAGCGUGCCAAAUGCUGUGUGCGCAUCCCAGUAUGAGGAGAUGGUGGAGGGCACAUUGGGCUAGGAGGUGGCGGCAGAGCACCUUCUCAGGGUGGCUCUUGGAGAAGAGUUUUUCUGAUGAGGAUGCAAGGCAGGGGAGUACCCCAAAGUCCAAAGCAGGAGGCGACUGUCUGAGCUUCCCUCACGAAAGGACCACCCGAGUGUCCAGACUACUGGGACAUGGUUGUAGCACGCUGUUGAAGUUCUGUUAUUGCAAGGGUUUUACAGAAAAGUAGAUUUGUGUCGGACAGGAAACUGUAUGGAGUGUGUUGUGAAGAGUUACCUGCUGUAUGAGAAAGAGAGCGAGCGAGCGCACAUAAAGUUCAGUGAGCUGAAAUGGAAGGUGUUGCGCUAAGAUGGAAACAAACCAUGUUGGAACAAGGAGAGGGAUUCAUGGAAAUGGAGUAGAAUGAGCAAGGAAGCCAGAUAAAGGUGUCCUAAGGGUGUCAAAGUUAAAACAGUGCAUGGUACUAGGGAGGGUCUCUGAGAGAUGCCUGGCUUCCAAGUUGCAUUUCUUUAAAAUUGUGAAGGCUUUAACAAGAAGUUUAUUUUGUACUAAUCUCCUCUGUGAACUUUAGUUAUGUGUUGUCUUCCUAGGCUUCUGAGGAUUUAAGAAAAUCUGGAAAAUUAUACAUUCUUCCAAAGGUGUGGAGUAACAAGGGUUUGAUCUUCAAAAUUCUGAGGGCAACAUUUAGUGGGUUUUUUCCAUCGUUAAGGCACAGCAUGGAUUGGCCGGAAUAUGCACAGCCUAGUUAUCUUGAGUGCCUAAAUCCUUGGAGAAUUUGUCAAAGCAGAGAUGCAGUUUGGUGUUUCACAUGAACAAAAUGGCAAGGAAGCACAAAAUAUAUAAGUUGUCUUAGAGGAGGGGUAUCAAACUGUGGCCCUCCAACUGUUGUUGGACUACAACUCCCAUAUUCCACAGUUACAGUGGCCAGGAGCCAGGGAUGAUGGGAGUCAUAGACCAACAUCUGCAGGAGUGCCUCAGUUUGACACCCCUGUCUUGGGGGUAUAUUGUCUCGUGGGGUCUCACAAUGAAUGUAAUGUAAGGUUUCCCAUAGAAAUAAGCUUGGGUUAGGAAUUAUGCACGGCCCUCCAACCCCACCCCCCAAAGAAUAAUACAGAUAGAUGCUGUUUUGAAUGGUAGUGCUUGCACAACAAACUUAAAGCAUGGCUUCUAGAACUUCCACAAGUAGAUGAGAAGGGCACUGUGUGUAUUAAUUGGGAAAUGGAGACUUGGUCCUAAACUGAAACGUAUAGAUGGAAGGAGGGCACAAAAACUGGUCAAGGAACUGGAUCUUGUGGUUGAUGGAUGAGAUGUGCAGUUCAUCAAUGCUGAAGCUGUAGUGAUGGACUUCUUAGUGGGUUGCAGUAUUUUUCCUGUUAGAUCAAGGAGGCCUUUUUCAGUGACAGGUCCUACUCCCCCACCAAAACAGGUCCACCAGUUUUUGCACAGUGCAAGAAUUGCUAUGAUUAUUUUGCUGUUUUACUUGGGUGUAUUCAACUUUAAGCGAAAGCAAAGUUCAGAGGUCUAGGCAUGGCUUGGAUUGCUUCCAUAGGGAAGUAAAACACCCUGGACUGAGAAUGUUGCAGAAGGUGAGGAGCAGAGAGGUACUGAGGAGUGAAAGCUGGGGUUCCAAAAUCCUGGUUGAAGAACAGCAUAUGCAAGUUGGGAGCGGCACCGCUGGGCUGCAUGGAGAAGAAAGCAGUGUUCAUACUGAAUGUUGGGAUAUGAAGCAUGGCAUGUACAGGGAAAUAUAGAAGAGUGAGAGAAGGAGAAUAAAGGUGAACAGCAAUGGUCUCCUCCUAGGAAGCAGUUGAAUAGCCUAAUGCUUGGAAGUGCCUUUGUUUUGGCUUGGCUACAUGUGGUACCAUCUUACUACAUUCUUAAAUGUACUUCAGCAAAGUAAUCAUACUAGUUGGCAGAGAACUGGUGAUACAUGAUAUGGCAACUGGCACUUUCAUCCCUCCAAAAUGACCCGGAGAUCUUAAUAGUGGACCUAGCAAUGGAUCUACCCUCUGAUCUGGCAGAAAGAACAUGGUUUGGCUUGUAGAGCACAAAAUCCUUUAAAUGAUUUUAUUAGCAGUUGCCAGCAUGAGUUGGUUAGAGACCUACCAAGCCCACAAAUGAUCGCUGGUAGUUGGUGAGACCCUGGAAGUCUUAAUCAAGUGUCAGUAGACUGGUAAUGUCUGACUGUGCAGGAAUGUGAUUGGGUAAUUUGAUCUUCCUGUGCUAAUGGAAAACAAAAUCCCAUGAAUCCUAUGACUAGCAUUGCAAAUUUGAGGGUUUUUCUCUCUUUAAAACGGUUUUGGAUUAUGGGUGGUUUUUUCAGUCGCUGAGAACUUGUAGGCACAUGGUUUGCUGCUAUCUUAAAUAAUAUCUAUUUAGGACUCCAGCAAUUUUUGUGUGAUGUCGCAUUUUGUGAACUUGGGAUUUUAGAAUUUAUUACAAAAUGUCUUAAAAGAAGCAGUGGUGCUGAGGGUGUUGCUUGUGUUCAGCCCUGCGCUGUUCAACCUUCCAUUGGAAGUAUAUACUAUCCAUAGUUGGGCGUUUAUCCCUCUCAUGCUUCAGGGUCCAGAUGUGCUUUGCCCACUUCAAGUUGUUAAAUGAAUUGGCCCAGAAGGUUUUGGAAAUGUGACAUGUGAGUGUCUUUGCAUGCUUUAUCUUCUCUCAGCAAGUUGAAGCAGAGCAGUGGCAGAGAUACCCAGAAGUUCCCUCUGUCACCUGAGGGUACCACCCUGUCUUGCCAAACCAAGCACAGUACUAGUGAUAGUGGGCACUUCAGGGGAAUGAGGCUGUUGCUCAUUCUGUUGGUUCAGUACAGUCAGUGGGACUGAAGUCUCUGUGGGUGUAUUUAACAAAUGGCGAAGAGCAGAGAGGAAGUGCAGUGGCUUGGUCAAGCGUUAGGACAGAUUAGAAGGUUUAUAUUAUGGCAGUUACACAAGUGCCAGUGAAGGGUACCAAUCCAGAUUGGAAAUAUUUUUCGUAAACUGAAAAUAUGUCCUGAUUCAGGUGCAGUGAAGGAUGGAGAAAGUGGACCAAGUGGAUUAAACUCUCAAAAACAUCUGUCAUGGAUAGAAGUUUGGGUUGUUGAUGUUGGAACCUUGAAUUAGAACACUUCUGGGUUUGCUGGAAAGGUUUGUACAGGAGAGGGUGCAAUUUUUAUUCCAUGCCUGGAUUACUUUGGCUCCUGCUAUUCAAUUUCUUUCUGGACUUGAAGCUCUCAGAUGCUGCAAACCAUCCUAAAAUUUGGGCUUCUUCGGUAGAGGCUGCUUCCUUUUUGAUUGCAAGAGAAAGCAAGAAUAACCUCUUCGGAGGAAAUGGUCUAUCUCACUUUCAAAUGUGGAAGGAUGUCUUCCAUUCUCCAAGUAAGGUUAAAAUUUAAGACUGCCAUGGCAGGAACACUAGGGGUAGGUUUGGGACAGGUUAAAGGCUUUUUCAAAAGUUCAAAAACACGGGAUGACUUUUCAAGGAAAAUUGAGAGAAAAAUGCAGUUUUAUUGCAUUUUUAGAAUUAUUUUUUUAAUGUAUUAAUUUAGAACAAAUCUUUGUUAAUGUUAUUUUUAAUCUGGGUGGCUAAAUGUUUACAAUUGCCUGCCUGACAUCUGCUCUUAAAGUGUGUGGGGAUAUUGGGGGUGGGGGGCACAUGUGUGCAGCGUGUGGUGCAUGCGAUUCAGUGAGGAUUUUAAAGUAAACAAAAUUGUUUUUAAAAAUCAUGCCAAAGGUAAGGCAGAGACUAGCUGGGUAGAUGGUUAUAUUCUAGGCAUUAGCAUUUCACUAUAUUCUCUAUAUAUCAUAUAUUAUAAAUUUGCAUGUUAAAGUAAAUAGAAGUAACUUCUAUCUUAUAUGGAAAGGGACUUUUAACUUUGGAUUACUUGUAAAUUUGGUCACUUGUCUUGAUUCAGGGUUGCCUGAACACCGUAAGCUUUAGGGGCUGCUUGAUUUGUUUUUGUAUUUUUAUUUUUGUUUGGUAGCCUCCAAACUUUUGCUUUGUCUUUUUAAUUAAAAAGGGCAUGGUGUAUCCAAAGUUCCAUAGAGGGGUUUGAAAGCAGAGCAACUCAGCAGCAGCAGCAAAUUUGACUUUGUGUUGCAGCUAGCACAGGACUAGUGGCAAACUCACAGCUCUUCAAAUACUAUAUCUUCCUUUGCUUGGCCUAUUGUACUGCAUCAUGGAAGCAUUCAGAGGCUCUGUACCAUUGAAAUCCACCUGGACUAUACUAUACCCUUGGGAGCAGUCAAAACAUUUUCAUAUGGCCAGCAGUUUGAGGGCUCCCCCCCUCAAUUGCAAGAGAUCAAAACAACACUUAUGCACAUUUAUUUAUUUAUUGCCCAAAGGGGACUCUGUGUGUGUGUGUGUGUGUGUGUGUGUGUUUAACUUAUUUUUAAAAACUUUCUCUUUCUCUGACUACUUACAGGGAGUGUAUUGUCACGGUUAGUGUUUUGUGAAUAGACUGUUUAUUGGUGUAGAGGGAUGGAGGGUAGCAAACAGACUUGAUUUCAGAAUUUAGUUUUUAGACUGCUGUCCAAAUAAAUUCCUGCAUUGAUUCUUUUCGAAAAGAUGUGCAUUAGCUGAGGAAUUUUAGCUAAGGCUACUUUGUAGUUAGACUCAUGAGGUCUUGGAAUCACAUCACACUGGAAUUCCUAUGGUUCAAUAUUCCAACUUCAGGCUGUCCAGGCAGCUCAAAAGAAGAUAGAUCGUAAACAGGGGAUAAAAGGUUGAUCAUCAUAUUUCUUCUUACUCUGCCAGAUGUUCUGCUGGGCCUCAGAGCUGGUAGGGUCAGUGAAAUUGCUCACAGACGGAGGCUGGGUACAGUCAGACUUUGGCCGUUAUUGAGUAAUCAUGAUUAUUUUGCUUCAAAAUGAUGAUUUAAGCAGGUAUGUUGAAUAUUUUUCUUGUCUGCUAGAUUCAGACUUCUGGUUUGUCAGUUAACAACAAACCUUUUCAUGGCGGGGGGGACACUUUUAUAACGUAAAUCAAACUAUUUUAGACUCUUUCUAACCCCUGAAUUGUCAGAUUUUCAAUCAGAAACAUGAGACUUUACAGCCUUGUAAAACAGAAACAUAGAUGUGACAACUAAAUGUUUCUUAGCCAGGAGUUGGAGGGGGAGGGUAUGGCAGACAUUCUGCAGUACUGAACUUGAUUUCCAAGUAGGUUCAGGGAGCACUAUUCCUCUGUAGAUUUCCUCAUGACUAGUGGAUUUCACCCAAAAUAUCCCAAGAAUGCAAGACUUCAGAAUUGUAACACAGCAAUCUGUUUAAAAUGGUUCCUCGUGUGUUGAUUUGGGGGUACAGGGGAAGGAGGGUUUUUUCUUGAGGGAUGGUUCCAUUUUCUUGUUUCUGACAACUUGUCCUUUUGGAGAUGGAUUGUAAGAAGUAGCACAGGGCAGCUUGGAAGGACUGGAUUAUCUCUCUAAACUGUUAGUGAUAAAAUCUGAAGAGAGGCUCUCUCCCAUUUUAUCCUUCUGGAGCUUUCCCCCCCCCCCAUUUGAAAGGUAUGUUUGUGUUUCGUGUGUUAUAACUUGGUUUGUUCCACAUUGGUGCUGAAAACCAAACAAUUACAAGAAUAAAAAAGAAAUGGUCAUUAUGCCAAAGUUUUAAAACUUCUUUGUUUUUGGAAGACUGCGGCAAGAUGGGAAACUCCAGUGUGAACAUCGUCCUGCUCCCAUGUCAAAAUGAGUAAGGGCUGCUCUACAUGUUACUUAAUCCGCAUAGCAAGCCACUUUAGUGUGGCAAUUUUCCUCAUUCCAGUGUCAUGUUGAGUGCAAUGUGCCAUAUGGAUCCUCCUAAUGCUGUCGGGUAGUUUCCUCACCAGCACAAGGUGUUCAUGGAGGCAAUCCUCACUGGCGUGGAAUUUGUUCUGUAGCAAUAGCUGAAGAGAUUCUGUGCAGCAAACAAUGCUAGACAGUACGGGAGGGGGGGGGUCACCACAUGGAAACAGCUUAUUCCAGGGAUAAGGUAACACGUAGAGCAGUCUUCAGAAAAAGUAAAGACUGCAGAUUGAGAAGGGAAAUAUUCUAUGUUGUAGUUUGCAUAUAAUUGAUUUCAGUCUUUGAUAACAUGUAUCAGAGGGUCAGUGUUUGUGUGGUUGGUUGGUUGGUUGGCUGUCUCUUCAUACUGGCUCCUAGCCUUUCCUACAGACUGAGAAAUAUGAAAUGAAGCAGGUAUCUUUUCCCUUUGAAUAUUGGUUGUACUUUGAGUUUUAAAAGAUCAUUGGAAAAUAGUACCUCCUUGGGUGUCUUCAAGAGUCUGUGCUAAACACUCCUUUUGGUGGACUGUGGGAAAGAACACACCCUGUAGGGUCAACCCAACAGCAUAGGACAGUUCAUGGUCACUUUCUUCUGCUUAUUAGGUAACCUCUCGGGAUGUGUUCACUAUCCUGAAUCUCAUUGCCCUUAUUGCUAUCUCAACACGUGGCAUAUACUAAGUCAGAGUAGGGGUUUUCCUUUCCUAGUCAGCACCCCUGCCAGUAGUCCAGAUUGCUUGUCAAGAGUAGUUGCCUGCCUCUGAAUACAGGGAGGUCAGUCUGGUCAAUUUCAGUGGAACAUUUGGACUUUAAAACACACCUACAAUAGUAAAAAGAAAAUGAUGUUCUUGAUUACUUUUGAAAAGUUUUUUUUACUCUGUUUGUACAAACCCUCAUAGAAGCUUAAAAAUAAAAAAAAAAUCUUUCUCUAAA